AUGGUGUACAUUGCAUGGGCGUUCUCAUCAGACGAGACCCUGUUCUCCCUGGGUAUCUCGUACUUUCCAUCCAGGUAUUGGGCGGUGGCGUUGCCGGCCUUUCUUGUCGCCAUCAUGCUCUGCGUGCUCCCGGCGUUAUUUGCGGUGACUCUCUCGCUCACCCGCCCGCUCACCAGCCUCGAUCUCGUCUUUGAUGAGCACACCAAGCCGCCGGUGGAAAAGGUGCAUCCAGACGCCCUCGCGCCACUGUACGACAUUCCGCUGUCGGUUGUCAACGAGCUCAUGUACGACCACGCUCACACAGACAGCCGGGCGGCAUGGAGCUGA